AUGGUACUUCAUCCAACAGAUUGCGAGAAGCCAUGUGAAUACCAACCCGCUGCCACCUACGAGGAUUGUGUCUUCCUGGAUAUCUCGGAUCCGGAUGGCACGAUUCCUUUCUUCACAGCCCGUCGAGCUCUGUCAGGGCCAUAUGCCGUGUUCAUGGAUCUGGAAGAGAAUCUGAAGGCUGAUGUGACAACGGAGAAGCCGGCUUCUGAUGAUUCGAACAUUCCAUCAGCUGAUUCCACCGCCAACGGAACGAAAGGAGCUCUUUCUGCUCUCCAUUUCCACGAGAUCGUACUGGCCGAACCGAAAGAAGCAGGAAACGGCCGGACUCGUCGCCAAUCUGACAGCCCGAAGAAGAUCCGAUAUCCUCGAUGCAUUGAUGUGGAUGGAUUGGCGGCGGACGAUCGGAAACGAGUCGAGGCGGAUGUGAUGCUGAAUUGCGACAAGAACAUCUUUGUCCUGUUUCGCAAUGGCGACAAAAGUGGACUAUCCAUCAAGCCGCCGGUGUGCCAAGGGAACAAUGACACUAGAAUCUGCGCGAAUCGAUAUGGAAGCACAACGGCGCCACCUCCAACCGAGACCACGACAAGUCCUGAUCUAUUGUCGAGCGGAAUCAUCAUUAUCGGCAUUGUGGCUGGUGCCGCUGUCAUCUUGUUGCUACUGAUCAUCGGCAUUGGAAUUCGAUGUGCAAUGAGAAAAAAGAAACCGGUGGAGGAAGAUGUGGAAAAGGCCGAAUCCGUUAUCGUAUUCCUCGGCAACAUCAUCAGUGGUGCCCCUCGGGCGCUUGAAUGCUUCACGAUGAUUCUGGCAUACAAGGUGCUCUUCCCCGAUCAGGUGUUCCUGAUUCGUGGAAACCACGAAGACCUGGAUUACAUCCGACCCUUUGGAGAACGUGUGGCGAAUCGCUACUACGCACGAGAAGUGUUCGAUAUGCUGCACCAUUUCUUCAAAAUUCUGCCGUCGGCGGGUCUGAUUGACGAGCGGAUUCUCUGUAUGCACGGCUUGAUGUCACUUGACCUGACGCCGGAACUUCUGCGCGAGGGGUGGGAAGUGUCAGAGAAGCCGACUCCCUACGAUGAUAUGACCAAGCACCUUCGAUGGAAUGAACCGGCAAAAGAUGUCGACGGUUACGCACCCAACCCGUAUCGCGAUUUCGGACAGCAAUGCGGCGUUAAAGCGAUCGAAGAGGCUAUGGAGAGCUUCAACGUUCAAUUCAUCAUCAGAGGCCAACAGAUGAUGCCGAACGGAGUGCAAUCGUUCGACAGGCUCCGGCUGGUCACCGUCUUCUCAUCGUCUUUCUACGGCGGAAAUAAGAAUCUGGGUGCUAUCCUGUACGUCGACCCCGAGAAGAAUGCCAUCAAACCAAUCUUCAUCCUUAACAUCAAUGACGACAUCUCGACGCAGGAGGAAUUAAACCGAAAGCUUGAUGCAGGAUGGGCGAUCGAUGGCUAUGCAGUCCCGCCGCCGAAAAAGGACGCGAAUGACAAGAAAAGUAGC